AUUGAUUUCAGUCGUUGUUCGAAAUGCGUUUGCUGUGGUUGCUCUUCACGGUGGUAGCUCUUACGAGCGCCGGAGUCCUUCAGGACUCUACCAAGAAGCGUUACGACAACUUUAAGGUGUACAAACUGAACAUCCAAAACAAAAUUCAGCUGGCAGCCAUUGAAAAGCUGGGAGAACUCACCCAGAAGUACAAUGUCUGGAGGGAGUACGACAGGAACACCAAGCAGGUGGAUAUUAUGGUGAAUCCUGAGGAGAUGCCCUACUUCCAGCAGCUUUUGAGACUCAAUAACAUCACCAGUGAAGUGAUGGUCGAAAAUGUCCAAGCGCUUAUCGAUGAAGAGCAAGUCACCGCCACCGCCGAUAGCACCGCCUUUGGCUGGACAAAGUACUACGAGCUGGAGGAGAUUCAGGCCUGGCUGGAUGAAGUUCUGGCCAAAUAUCCCGCCGUCACAGAGGAAUUCGUGGUCGGCACGUCCUACGAGGGUCGCACUAUUCGCGGCAUUAAGAUAUCCCACAAAUCCGGCAAUCCUGGCAUUUUCAUUGAGUCCAACAUCCAUGCCAGGGAAUGGAUCACAUCCGCCACUGCUACCUGGUUCAUCAACGAGCUGUUGACCUCCGUGGAUGCUGAGGUGCGAAAUCUGGCUGACAGCUAUGACUGGUACAUUAUUCCUGUCUUUAACGUGGAUGGCUUCGAGUACUCGCACAGAAAGGAUCGCAUGUGGCGCAAGACCCGCCAACCCCAUGCCACCAACGCUUGUAUUGGCGCCGAUGCCAAUCGCAACUUCGACUCCCAUUGGUUGGAGUCCAAUGGUGCUUCUGACAAUCCCUGCAGCGAAACAUUUGCUGGAGAUCAGCCUGGCUCGGAGCCGGAAGCCAAAGCCUUGGCUGAGUUUCUCACCAACAACCAGGACAAAUUCGAUGCCUACUUCUCCUUCCAUUCCUACGGACAGUAUUUGCUGUCCCCCUAUGGACAUACUUCCACGGAAUUUCCCGAAAACUAUGAUGAUAUUCUGGCCAUGGGAAAGGCUUUUGCCGAUGCCAUUGAAGCUCUGCCCUAUGGAACUGCCUAUCGAUAUGGAUCCACUGCAUUUGUUCUCUAUGUGGCAACUGGAACCUCUGUGGACUGGGUCUUCAACGAGUUGGACAAGAAGAUAGGCUUCACCAUUGAGUACCGUGACACAGGACGGUAUGGUUUCAUCCUCCCUCCGGUUCAAAUUAUUCCCAACUGUGAGGAACUCUUGGUGGGCAUGUUGGCCCUGAUUGAAAAAUCCAAGGAACUGGGUUAUUUCUAAGAACGAUUUUUAUUUGACCGGAGAGUAAGACCAGAGUUUACUCAGCUUGAUUAAAGUACCUCGAGUAGGAGGCCAGCAAAUCGUC